AUGCCCAAGGUAACCACCACCCCAACCAUCGAGAGGGCGCGUGCGGAGAGUGGUCCCUUAUCCGCUGCAGCGAAGGCGAAGACCCUGCGUCGCAACCAUGCCUGCCACCAAUGUCGAAAACGGAAGAUGAAAUGCGACGCGAGACGGCCGAUCUGUGCUACAUGCGAGCGGUCUCAUAAGCACUUGCAAGCUCACCCGCCUCCUGGGAUCGACAUACCCGACGAAGUUGACUGUACCUGGGAUGAACUCCCUGAUCCCAUGGAUUCUCCGAAACAUAAGAUCGCCUUUCUUGAGAGCCGAGUCCAGGAGCUCGAGGCGAUACUCUCGGGCAAGGACGCAGGCUUUCUUUCCUCUGAGAGUCCAUUGGAGGAGGAUAAGAUGCAUAGUCCUGGCGAGGAUUCUGCGACGACUCUGGUCUCUGAACCUGGCGACGUUGCAAUGGGCGACGCAGAUCUCACAAAUGAUGGGUCGGAUGAUAUACCUGUGAUCGAUCUUGACCUCGGUAAAGGCGUCUAUUGGACGACUUGGCCAUCCGAGCUUCCAGAACCCGAAACCGUUGAGCCACUAGUAGAGGCUUUCUUCCGCUUCUACCCCCAUGCGGAUAGGCUCUUUCACAGGAGCACCUUCAUGUACUGGUUAUCACUCCCCCCGACCCACGAUAACUUCCCAUCCCCAGCUGUGUUGCAUGCGAUCUGCGGCGUGGGCAUAAUGUAUGCUCAGCAGCCCGGCCUCACGCCGGCACCUUUCGUUUCAAAUCUGGUACAUGCUGACUCUGAGAAGCACGUAGAGCUUGCGAAGAGUCUCGCGGAGAAGGGCAUCUUGCGUGGUACUCAGCUAGUGCAGAAUCAGCAGGCCCUUGUCAUUGUUGGAUGGUGGUACUGGUGCCAUGCGAAAUGGAUCGAAGUGUACAUGUUGUCUGCCCAGGUUCUUCGUGCCUGCCCGCCAUUGGAUCUGAGCCGGGCCCCAAUGUUUCAGCCUCUCACAAAUGGGACCAUGGUCCCCUCACUUCUUGCAGCACCUAUCGAUGCGCAAGAGGAGGAGACGCGUCGGAAUGUGUUUUGGCUCGCUUACGCCCUCGAACGUCUCAGCGGGUGCGGUAAUGGAUGGCCCUUGAGCCUCGACGACAAGGAUGUCACUCAACUUCUGCCAGUUGAUGCGAUGAGCUUUGCACUUGGAAUGUCCUGGCCAGAACUUCAAGAACGGGAUCACCCUUUCAAGAAGGACGUUAUUCUCACGCACAACGCUGAGCAUAUUCACCCUUUCGCACUAUUCGUCAAGGGCUGCUUAUUGCUCUCGCGCGUCAAGUCUUACAAUAUGCGCUUCGAACAUCUGAAGUUUGCGGGCGAACCGUCACUGGAGCUAGCUGAUACUACUCUCCAACAUUGGUCAUGCUUGCAGCCGAGUAUAAGACCUGGGUAUGACCCCGAUCGUGAUCCUCGUCGGAAUGAUGCGUUCGUUGAACUUGAUCAAAUGGCCUUCAAGUUCAUUCCGUCCUUCCCAGCACAUCUUCAAUCGCCGUUUAUGGAAGGGGCCAUCGACGUGCACUUGUAUCUGUCCCACCUCAUACCUUACGUCGCAUUGAUUCAGUUACAUGACCCACAUGCACACAUCACAUCUAUGUCAUGUCUCUCCAGUCAACGCUUGCUCAAUUCCUCUCGCGCUAUUCUGAAGCUGCUCUGCGACGCACAAUCUGUUGCAGGAUUCGAGACCGUGCUUCUUGAUUGUUUUAUCUUCUUCUGUUGGUUCAUGGCUGGGAGGACACUCACACGCUUCUGGCAUGUGGCUCUGCAAGUUAAGUCCGAAGAGCAGAUGGGUGUUUUCAAGGCUGAGGUUCAGCACAUUGCGGCGGCGCUCCAGGCAUCUGGUUCUCGUGUUCCAUUGGCCGGGCGAUAUGCUAUCAUGCUCCGGGACCACUUCGAGCGCAUGAGUGGGCAGGUUCUUCAAUUAUAG